CCAUACUUUUAUGUCAACUGCCCAACCCAACCCUGCUGAGUAAAAUUUUCGGUGUCAGAAGUUUCUCUAAACGCAUAAAAGACGCAUUUGUUACAUCUCAUUUGACACAGAGAAGUUUACAUUUAAAUACAAAAAUAAUGGAUGGAAAUAAUGUGAACAUUAUCUCGACGUUUGGUAAAGUAAACGAGACGAAGAAUUACUUUUCAAACUUAAAAUUUCAUCAUUAUGAACUUAGGUGGACGAUAGAAAAUUUUGAACUGCUUUGCAAAAGCUUUACAACAAUUGAAUCACCGAAAUUUCCAUCAAAGGAAGAAACUAAUUACCAGUGGUUUCUACAGUUGCAACCUACAGAACUAAAGCAAGAAAAUGAAGAUGAGUUUCACAUUUAUUUAAAAAAUACCAAUGAUAGUGAAGCACGUUAUACUGUUACAAUUUUAUUUUCCAACUAUAUAACACAACGAGGAUUUAAAAGAUCGCGUAUAAGUAAUUCUAAUAGUAUUCACUGGUCAAUAACUGGAUCUGAAUUACGUAAAAGGUUCGGCAAUGUUGCACUGAAAAAUGUGCUUGUCAUAUGCAAACUUAAAGUUUUUGAUUCACUCACAACGGUUGAGAAAGAACCGCUGAUUAAACGCAGAAAGUGUAAUAACGAUCUAAUGGAAAAUAUGACAAGUUUACUCGGUAAUGAAAAUUUCAAAGAUGUUAGGUUCAAAGUAGAGGAUAAGGAAUUCACAGCCCACAAAGCGAUACUUGUCAUUCAAAGUCCAGUUUUCGCUGCUAUGUUCAACAGUAAAAUGAGUGAAGAACUAACGUCGAUUGUUGAAAUAAAGGACAUAAAGCCGAAAACAUUUCAACAAAUGCUGAAUUUUAUCUACAAUGUGGAAAUAAAAGACUUGAACGAACUGGCACUAGAAUUAUUUCACGUGGCUUGGAGAUACAAACUGGAGGAAUUGAUGGCUAAUUGUAUUUCUAAAUUACUCGAAAAUUUAUCUUUAGAAACAGUUAUCAAAACACUUGAAAUGGCCGACUUCUAUUCACUCUCGGAUUUAAAGUCUAAAUGCUUAAAUUUCUUAUUAAAAGAAUGGGAUGUAAUUAAGGAGACAGAAGAAUUGAAAAAACUAAUAGAAGAUGAACCAUCCUUAGUAACUGAAGUUGUAAACAUACCUAAAAUGUUGAUAAAUAAGAAAAUUUAGAAAGUACAAUUCUUUACGUUUGCUCUGUUUUUUGUGAUUAAACAUUUUUUUUUUUUUACAAAUAUUACCAAAUAAUUAUUCAUCGCUGGUUUUAGUGGUGUGUAAACACAAAAAUAUAUCUAAAUAUAUACAAACUAUAAAUAUCUAGUUUUAGAACUAGAAUAGUUAUUAAAUCUUAAGUCCUUAUAGGAUCAGAAAUAUGAGAUAUUUCUUUUUGUAUUAAACAUUUUGUCCGCUUCUUUUUAUUAAUAUAAUUGUAUUGCUUAAACUCGAAAAAAUGUAAAAAAAAAGUGUUAGUGAUUUAAGCUAGGUACUUAGUUGUUUUGUAAGUCAAAUAAAAUUUAUAAAUUGUAAGAAAUAAAAAACUUUUUUAUUGAAA